GCCAUUUCCUCUUUUUUCUCUAUAAUGUUCCUCCUCUGCUCUGCUUCUUCUUAGAAAAACUACACUGACACACGUAUAUAUAAACAACUACAUAUAUAUAUAUAUACAUACAGGGAAAGAGAGAGUGAAAAUGGUGGACGAUUUCAUGGUGUGCGUGGAUCGCUUGAUAACAUCAGCUUGCUUUGAGUCUGUCAAUGGCGGAAGAGAAAGCGAAGAAUUCGAGAGACAGACAUGCUUUGACGGUGAACCCAAAAAGGAAAACGGUGCCGUUUUGGUUGUGGAGAACAGUAAUGGAGGAGAAGGUUCGUCUUGUUCUGCAAAGAAGGUGAAGGAAAUGGUGGAAUGUAGGAUAUGCCAAGAAGAAGACGAGGUCCAUGAAAUGGAGGCUCCUUGUGCCUGUAAUGGCUCUCUCAAGUUUGCGCAUAGGAAGUGUAUCCAGAGAUGGUGCAACAAGAAAGGUGACAUAACAUGUGAAAUCUGCAACAAGAUCUUUUCACCAAAUUAUUCUCUCCCCCCACAGAGGAGCAGUCCUGAUGUUCUAGCAAUUGAUAUUAGCCAAGCAUGGGGCCCACACAUGAAUCUCCGGGAUUCUCAUCUUAUAGUUUUAGCUGCUGCUUCUGAACGUCAAUAUUUACAGUCAGAAUAUGAGGAUUAUGCUGGUGCAACAACUGGUAGCAUUGCCUGUCUCCGCUCUGUUGCUUUCAUUUUGCUGAUGGUUUUGCUUCUACACCAAGCUCUUAUGGUCACAAGAGAUUCAGGUUUGGUGCAAGAAUCUUCAACAUUCUUCCGAAUUCAGAUCUCACUUCUUCAGUUCACUGUCUUUCUUUUGCCGUGCUAUAUUGUGGCUCAAUCUUGUUACUUACAAAGCAGGAGGAGAAGACAGGGUUAAAUGGAGCAAGACUCGUGUUAACGUCUUCUACUACACACUGAUAAAUCAGGGUCGGGAAGAUCUAUUGUACAUUACAUUUCGUCAAGUUGUACUUAAAUUCAAGAAAUUUAUAAAUUUAAGAACUGUAAAAAUGUCCUUGUAUUUUCCUUACCUCUGAAGAGGAAGAACAAGUACAAGAAAAAGAAAAAGAAGCCCUGUAAUCCUUCCUUAAAGUAGACAAGAAAUUGAAAGAAAAUUCAAGUGCAAAUAUUGAAUUGUAUA